GUUUCCAAGAUCCCAUUUUACUGUAUUUUUUGAUGUUCAUAAUAUGAUAAUUCUGAAGAUUUCUUCCAUUUUUGUGAAUCUUGGAAUACUACAGAGCCAUUAACAUCCAAAAAAUGAAUGUCUUCAGGCGUUUACUGCCCACAAAAUUUGGGUUCAAAACAUCCAAAAAAUCGUGUUAUGCACCGGGCAUUUGCUCUAUCCAUUCAUCCCCGGAUUGUGUGGUGGAAGUUCAUUCCCCAGAGCAGGAAGUGAUAAUUGCUUUGGGAAGUAAUGUUGGAAACAGACUUAAUAAUUUUGAUGAAGCAUUGCACCUAAUGAAGCAAUCAGGUAUACAGAUUACCAGGCAUGCUUGCUUAUAUGAGACAGCACCUGCUUAUGUAACUGAUCAACCUCAGUUUCUAAAUUCUGCUGUUAGAGGUGUCACGAAACUAGGGCCUCACGAGCUGUUGAGAGCACUCAAGAAGAUUGAGAAGGACAUGGGUCGUACAAAUGGGAUUAGAUAUGGUCCUAGACCUAUUGACUUGGAUAUUCUGUUUUAUGGGAAGUUCAAGAUUCAUUCUGAGAUACUUGAUGUUCCACAUGAAAGAAUCUGGGAGAGACCAUUUGUGGUAGCACCUUUGAUUGAUCUACUCGGUUCAGACAUAGAUAACGAUACAGUUGCAAGUUGGCAUUCAUUUUCGAAACAUUCAAGUGAUUUUUUCGAGUUGUGGGAAAAACUAGGAGGUGAAUCUCUCGUGGGGAGAAAUGGGAUGAAAAGAGUAUUGCCAGUAGGAAACCACCUACAGGACUGGUCAUUGAAAACCUCCCUUAUGGGUAUUCUUAACUUGACCCCCGAUAGCUUUAGCGAUGGAGGGAAGUAUAUAUCCGUAGAAGCAGCAGUUUCUCAGGUUCGUUUGAUGCUUUCAGAAGGUGCAGAUAUGAUUGAUUUUGGUGCACAAUCCACACGCCCUAAUGCUUCAAAGAUAUCCGUUGAAGAAGAACUAGAUAGGCUAAUUCCUGUCAUUGAGGCUGUCACAAAGAUACCCGAGGCUGAAGGGAAGCUUUUAUCUGUGGAUACCUUCUAUUCAGAAGUUGCUUCAGAAGCAGUGAAAAAGGGUGUUCAUCUUGUAAAUGAUGUAUCUGGUGGACGUUUGGAUUCCAGCAUGUAUAGUGCUGUUGCAGCACUUCGAGUUCCCUACAUAGCAAUGCAUAUGAGAGGUGAUCCAUCUUCAAUGCAAAACCCCGAGAACUUGCAAUACAACGAUGUUUGUAAGGAUGUAGCAUUUGAACUUUACGAGAGGCUCAAGGAAGCAGAGUUAGCCGGUAUUCCUGCUUGGAGGUUGAUAAUUGACCCUGGAAUCGGAUUCUCCAAGAACACUGAACAUAAUUUGGAUAUUCUAACUGGUUUGACAACCAUUCGAGCUGAGAUUGCUAGGAGGAGCUUGGCUUUUUCUCAUGCCCCUUUAUUGAUUGGACCAUCAAGAAAGAGGUUCCUAGGGGAUGUCUGUGCUCGUCCUGCUGCAGAUAAACGAGAUCCAGCAACUGUUGCUGCUGUGACCACAGGGGUUCUGAAUGGUGCCAAUGUUGUAAGAGUACAUAAUGUUCAAUACAAUGCAGACGCCCUUCGUCUGUGUGAUGCAUUAUUGGAAAGAAAACUGAGAUAAAACAGUUAAUGCAAGCUACGUUUUGUUUUCUGGGCUCAUUCCUUUCUCAUUGUAAAACAUAUUUCGUGCAAAGAUUUGUGUCUUUGCAGAAGAACUCA